GCCCGCAAAGCCUGGAGGUCGGCGCUGGGAUUCUCCGGGAUAUUCUUCCGCAAGCGUCAGACCAUGGGAGCUCAGCUGAGCGGCGGCGAGGGCGCGGUGGAGCCGGUGGAGCCGGCGCAGCCCCAGCCCGCGGCACCCGCGGGUCCUGAGCGACCCAGGCCCGAGCCCAGCCCCUGGGGACCGCUGGACGACGUGCGCUUCCUCAUUGCCUGCACCUCUUGGUACUGACUCUCCGCCCUCCGAGUGGCCUUACCACCGCCUGUCAUUCUGUUCGCCUCUCCUGGUCUGGUCACUGUUGUCUGCCCCCAUGUCUCUCCUAACCUAUCCCCCCAUUCUCGCUCCCCGGACAUGACAGCGAGUGGAGGACGUGCAGGGGUGGGGCCCAUGGAGCACCGUCUGGUCUCUGGCCCCUCCUGCCAUCCUGAAUUUCUUCGCUUUCCACCCGGCACCCAAGCCACUUCAGACCUUCGGGCUCACCCCCACCCCGCAGCUCUGGGUCUUGGGUCAGCCUUCCCUGUCACUGACUUCAGAACCCGGCCAGGGCUCUUGGCCGAGGGGAAGCUAGGCUCCAGGGCCCCCAGGACUUCCCCCCUCUGUCUGCUCUGCCUUGGGACGACGGACACACAGACGACUGCGAGACGAUGCAGGAGGACCCGAGACUGGAAGCCUGCAGGCUGAGCCCUGUCUGGGCCCAGCCUCACAUCCCUCACAUCUGCAGCCUGGGCUGCCUGCCUCCAUCUCCUGCUCUUCCUCACCUGACCUCGGCAGUACCAGGAGCCAACGGGGAACCUGGGGGGCCUAGAGCGUUCAAGAAGUGAGAGCACCAACCUGAGGAGUGGAAAGGGACCAGGGAAGGGGAAAGGGAGGCCAGGAAGAGAUGGAUAAAAGAGACACUUCUGAUCUCAUCUUGGACCCAAGGCCCAGCCAGCCCCCUGGGUAGCCUGGGCAUGUCACCACCUCUCUGUGCUUCAUGUGAGGGCAGGGUGAGAAUUACCCUCGGCUUCCCAGGGCCUACACUAGUUUCAUGUGAGUGGACAGGUGUGAGCUAAUAAAGUGCUUUGCAAAGUAUAAAA